UAAUUGAUUCCAGUACUAAACUUUUCACUCAAUUACGUAUAUUGGUUCGCGAAGCUUUGCCUGAAAUUCAUUCAGGCAUAGCUUCAAUGAACCAUCGUCUAGAUGCUCUCAUUGUCGACAUUUUUGGCACACAAAUAUUACCCAUAGCCGAAGAAUUUAACAUUCCUAAAUAUGUUUUCCAUCCUACUAAUGCAUGGUCAUUAGCGUUAUUUAUGUACCAACAAGUUCUUGACCAAGAAAUUGAAGGCGAAUAUGUUGAUCUUAAACAACCUUUGGAAAUUCCGGGUUGCAAAGCGUUACGACCGGAUGAUGUGAUGGAUCCCAUGAUGGAUCGGAGCAAUCAACAAUAUCAUGAGUAACUUAAGCUAGCAAUGGAAUAUACGUGUUUUGAUGGAAUUUUGACUAAUACAUGGGAAGAGUUAGAGGGUGAGACUAUUAAAGCGCUUCGAAGUAAUGAAAAGUUGCAAUCAGUUCCACGUUGUCCAAUUUACCCAAUUGGUCCCUUGAGGAGAACAGUUGACAUAACUGAACAUGAUGAGGUGAUUCAAUGGUUAGACAAGCAAAAUCAAAAGUCAAUUCUAUAUGUAUCAUUUGGAAGUGGUGGAACCCUUUCAUCUGAACAGAUAAUUGAACUUGCAUGGGGUUUGGAGUUAAGUCAGCACAAAUUUGUUUGGGUAGUACGUCCACCAUCCGAUAAUGGUACAGAUAGUGCAUAUUUAAACUCCAAUGAAAACGAUACAGAUGGCUCGUUGGAAUACUUACCGAAGGGUUUUUUAACUAGGACAAAAGAUAUGGGCCUAGUAGUUCCUAUGUGGGCCCAACAAGUUGAAAUUUUGAGUCAUUUGUCUGUUGGUGGAUUUAUUUCUCAUUGUGGAUGGAAUUCGACGAUUGAGAGCCUUACUAGUGGGGUUCCUAUGAUUGCGUGGCCAUUACAUGCCGAACAAAAAAUGAACUCAACCAUGCUCACGGAGGAGUUAGGGGUGGCGAUUCGACCGAUGAUUUUGCCGACAAAGAAAUUGGUGAAGAGAGAGGAGAUUCAAGAAAUGGUAAGGAUUUUAAUGCAUACAAAAGAAGAGAAGAGUAUAAGGGAAAAUGUUAAGAAAUUAAAGCUAAGUGCAGAAAAUGCACUAAGUGAAGGAGGCUCAUCUUACAAUACAAUGUGUGAGUUUGUAAAGAAUAUUCGUGCAAGUUAAUUGUGGGCCAUUAAUUUUAUUUUAUUUUCAAUUAAGAAUAAAUUGCUUGUUGCCUUUUCAUGUGUGUAGCUUACAAUAUAAUGUGCGAGCUUGUAAAGAAUAUUUGUACGAGAUAAUUGAGGGUCAAUUUUAUUUUAUUUUCAAUUAAGAAUAAAUUGUUUGUUGGCUUUUCAUCCACGUAGCUUACCAUAUAAUGUGUGAGCUUGUAAAGAAUAUUCGUACGAGAUA